UAAAUCCCUAGACACACAUACAGAAAAGAAAACAGAAGGAAAAGAGGAAAAGAAAGAAAGGGAAAAGAGAGAAGAAGGGGGAAUCGGGGAAGAAGAAGGGAAGGAAAGGGAGAAGAGCGCGCCGUCACUGCACCCUGCCCGCCUGCCGCCGCCGUUCCAUGGAGCCGCCGCCAUUGUCGCGCGAACCGGAGGGUGUGGAGAUGGAGAAGAGUGUGCGCGAGAGAGGAGUAGCCACCUUCGUCGAGGACUCCAUCACCGCCACUGAAGGUCCUGACCGUCGAGCUCGUCGUCGCCGUCGUACUUCCCAUCACUGCUGCCACUAAAGAGCUCGAAGAGAAAGAAAGGGUUCGCGCGGAGAGAGAAACACGAUGAGGGAGGAGGAGGUUGCCUCUGUUGCUGCCAAGCCGUCGCUGGCGGGGUUGGGUUCGCCGUCGCUGUUGAGCUGUGCGCCGCCGUUGGUAUUUGGAUCGCCACUCUGUUUCAGCUGCAACUCGCCACUGUAAUGGUGAGCUUUACCCUGUUUCUGAUUUCUCUUUGCUCGCCUAAGUUAUCCCGUUGUUGCUGUGAGGGUUAUUGUUAAAGUGUUUAUGUUAACUGAAGCUGUUGCUGUGAGUUACUUUGCUGUUGCCUAAUAUUGAUUUUAAUGUUGAUUUGGUAUAAUGUUGUUCUGAUGUUGAUUUGGUAACUAGUAAUUUGGAAAUGCUGUUGUGAUUUUAUUUUGAUUUUAAUAUUGAUUUAGUAUGUAACUAGUUCUCUGGCAAUGCUGCUUUGAUUUUGUUUUGAUUUUAAUAUUAAUUUGUUAUAAUACUGUUAUGAUUUUGAUUUGCUAACUAGAUCUCUGAAAGAACUUAUAAGUGGUAUCGAAUUAACCAUGAAAAUUUUGUAGCCAUCAGACAUGGAUGUACGUAUAGAUCUCUGAAUUAAAGCUUACUUGUGUAUAUAAGGUAAGAUUGGGCUUUCUCAACCCAAGUGCUGCAUAUAGGAUUGCAUUAACUUUAAUACUUUCUAGCAUUUGUGUAGUUUUGAUUAAAUUAUCAAAGUUUGGUAUUUGCUUUACUCUGAUUGCUUUCUUGUAUUCUUGAUUAUUUUGUAAAGAUUCUUGAAAUGGACACCUAUAGAUACCACGGGCACUCUAUGUCUGAUCCUGGCAGCACAUACUGUACAUGUGACGAGAUUUCCAAUGAGAGACAAGAGCGUGAUCUAAUUGAGAGAGUGAGGAAGCUAUUAUUGGCUCAUGACAUUGCUUCUGAAAAGGAGCUGAAGGGACAAAAUUUGUUUGAUGACUUGGCUGAGGACAUUCUCGGUGGCAGCAGACUUGGAAACAAAUUCUACGACUCUUCUAAGAGCCAAGUCCUUAGGAGUUCCUCAAUAGAUAAAGAGAGAGCAAACGAUGUUGCUGAAUAUCAAAGUUGUGUUACAUGUUGAUUGAGAAUGCUACUUGCUGCAGCAAGUUCUUAGUCGGUAAUGGCUUAGCUAGUGUCAACGUGUAUAGAUUUUAAACUUUUAAAUUUUUUGAGUGUGCAAACAAUGAAUUAAUUGAUUCUAAUUUGGAUUUGAAUUUAGUUUGGUACAUUUUAAGUUGUAAAAUGAUGCAAAGCAAUGAGUAUUACUUUUCUUUAUUAUGUA